AUGUGGUGGUUUUGGUUGGUGGCUUUGGUGCUAGCAGCCCUCGGACUGUGGCAGGUGUGGAUCGUACAGCGCCAUCGGUUUGCAUCCCACCUGCCGGUGGUGCAGCCGUACUAUCCCAUUAUAGGGAAUGCGCAGCUUUUCAUCGGAAAGUCAAGCGUUGAUCUGUUCAAUCAGAUACUGCAACAGUUCCGGCAGUAUGAUGGUUGGUUUAAGGCAUGGCUCGGUCCAAAGCUGGUGCUGGCUACCUCGCAUCCGGACAUCAUGAAUGCAGUACUUAGCCAUCCCGAUUGUCUGAAGAAACCGUUUUUCUACGACUUUGUGAAGCUGGAGCACGCAAUCUUUGCGGGACACUUGUGUUUCUUUUCUGUUUCUUUCUCAGAUCAUUUGUGGAAAACGCAACGGAAAGCGCUCAAUCCGACCUUCAACACGCGCAUACUGAACAGUUUUAUUCCGGUGUUUGUGCAGUGCUCCAGGCAGAUGGUGCAGCACAUGGAGCAAAGUGUGGGUGACGUCGGCCGGUCGAUAUCCAUCUUCCCUUUCAUAAGCAAAUGUACGCUGGAAAUGGUGUGCGGGACGACGAUUGGCUGCGAUGUGAUGGAGCAGCCAGGCAAGGAAACGUUCAUUGAGAAUCUCGACCGAUGGUUCGAGCUGGUCGCGAAACGUAUGGUCAGUAUCCAUCAUUACAUCGAGCUGCUGUACCGGUUUUCGCGCGACUUCACGGAGGAGUCUGAACAUCGCUCAUCCUGCUUUCGUUUCUUUGAAACGGUAAUUGAAAAGGCAAAGGCUCGCAUAAACUCUACCGCCAUUGAAGAUGAGUGUGAGGACUACAAAAAGCCACUCAUAUUUGCCGACCAGCUGUUGGCGGCGCAGCACAACGGAAAUCCCUUUACCGACAUCGAAGUUACGCACAAUAUUUACGCGAUGAUAGCGGCGGGCAAUGACACUACUGCACUUCAGGUGACACACACCUGUCUGUUCCUUGCCAUGCACCCAGCGAUACAGGAGCGCGUGUACCGCGAGGUGAUGGACGUGUUUCCCAAUCCCGAUCAGGACAUUGAGGUGGAGGAUCUCAAGAAGCUGACCUACAUGGAGCGCGUAAUCAAGGAGAGCCUUCGGCUAGCCCCGUCCGGACCGAACAUUGCACGCCAAACGAUGAAAGACAUUGAGAUAGCUGGUGUACACAUACCGCGUGACAGUUUGAUAGUGAUGAGCAUAUUUUCAAUGCACCGCCGUAAGGAUGUUUGGGGCCCGGACGCGGACGUUUUUGACCCAGACCGGUUUCUGCCGGAACGAAGCGUAGGCAGAAGCGCGAACGUGUUCAUACCGUUCAGUGCCGGUGCGCGCAACUGUAUCGGCGGGCGGUACGCCAUGCUCAGCAUGAAGGUGACGCUGUCCAGCAUACUGCGCCGGUUGCGGCUUCGCUCGGAUCUGCAAAUGAAUGAUCUGCAGUUUCGGUUCGGCCUGACGCUGAAGCUCGAGUCUGAAUAUUUAGUAGAGGUAGAGAAGAGGAUGUAG